GCAGACUGGUCGUGCAAGCUUCCAGUCGUGCCAUUCACUGCUUUUUUUGUCUUCUGUAACAAACUUCGGUUCCCUUAGAGUUUGCCAACUUUGAAUAGAAGUCGAUAUUACGUGUAAGCGCAGUGAAAUUCAAAAAAUAACAGUAUAUUGCCCGCUAUUCAGCUAAAUACUGUCUCUUAGACGGAAAAGAACUUGUGUGAGGUAAAAGGUUUAGGCUCGUGUGAUUCGUGAAGUAAAUGUAGUUGUGAACUGCAGCUUCGUCUUUACACUUCACUGGACUUUGAAGAUCACAAAAGUGUACACUUGAGAAGUAUGCGAAGUCACCAGUUAACGCCAGGAAAGGUAGCCGGUCUUUACUCAGCUAUCGUCCCUCUGUCCACGGAUCCUGUUUCCCCUCCCAUCGCAGAGAAGCUCAGGAGUCCGUCGUACCAGGGCGAAGGCUGGGGAGCCACAGUCCAGGAGGAAAUAACUGAAAACUCCAUUCACAAUCUGCAUGGGAGCAGUCCGCACCUCAAACAGCAGCAGCAAGAGUCGUCUCUUGUGAUCGCCCGCGUUCCCAAAGAGAAACCAACGAUUGCUCCUCCAGUGUUUAUUUUCCAGAAGGCAGAACGACCUCUGAAGAGAUCAGCUGAAAAUUCAAGGCUGGAAAAUGCUGGGUUAGGAGCUAUUUUGGAAAAACGUGGACGGUCAUCUUCGUUUACAUUCUCUGGUUCAGGAUGUCAAUCCCAAACAGAUUCUUCCAGCAGAGAUAAACGAGUGAGAUCAUCAUCAUUUAACUGCACUGCAACCAGCUUCCCUCCUCAACCAGCACCCCGAAACAAUGUAUUCAUGCCAUCAAGUCUUUCUAUGGUAAAUACAGAAAGAGGGAAUUUUACACCAGAAUCAAUACCUGCUCCAUCAAAUGGUAAGAAGAAUGUGAUCAGACCUGCCACCCUUCCUGCUCCCCAACCACAAAGUAUCAUAUUUCCUGCUGCCAAUGAAGCAGCCCCUGGAAGCAGCAUUGGUGCUAGCUGUCUACCCCAGAGAGAUGAAAAAGGACACCGGAAGGUGACACUGGAGCCUGUGUACUUACAAGCAAAGUAUGAUGCAAAUAGAGAAUCAGCCUCCAGCCCCUUUCUCCACUUGUCCACAAAGGAAAUAUCAAGGAAGUGCUUGGAUCAGGAAAUGUCUGGAAGAGAAGCCAACCUUGAAUUUGUAUUUGGAGAAAAUAUGAGUGAAAGAGUUUUGAGUCCAGUCAAACCAUCAUUCUCUGAAGACAGCGAAAGUGAUGACUCAUCUGAUGAAGAGACAACAUCCUCCGGAACAGAAUCCUCAUGUUCUGAAACUUAUUGCAAAACAGUAAAACAUCGGACAUUAAGAGAGUCUGCUGCUGCAUACACCGCUGCUUCAAGUCAGAGGUGUCUUCUAGAGGAAGUGGAUGUAUUCACUGGAGAGGAAGAUGAAAGUAAUGUCCUGCAGAUGACCUGCAAGCUCUUUGUGUUUGAAAAAGACACCCAGACUUGGUUAGAGAGAGGAAGGGGAGUCCUGAGGCUUAAUGACAAAGUGGCGGAAGGUGCCGGCUGUCUUCAGUCUCGUUUGGUCAUGAGAAACCAAGGCAGUCUGAAGUUGAUCCUCAACUCUAGGCUAUGGGCUCAGAUGCAUUUACAUAGAGCUUCAAGGAAAAUGUUGCGCUUCACAGCUGUUGACCUUGAAGACCAAACUGUAAGAGUGUUCCUGGUGCAGGCAACCUUAAAGGAAGUUACACGCUUGUAUGUGGCAAUACAUCACCGUUUAGUACUGCUGCAGGACUGUGCCAAAAAAAAUCAGGAGAACCAGUUGAGUCCCAGGAAAUUACAAGCACAGUCGGGAGUUCCUGUCCUCAACUAUGAUAGUGAGAAGGAAGAUGAAGAUGAUGAGGAGGAAGAAGAGGAGAAGCUUGUCCGCCUUGCCUGCCCCAGAUCUGGUCAGUCAAAAUGGAGUCGAAGUGGGACACGCAGCCAAGCUGGCAUCUGCACAUAACAGUACUCCCUUGUGGAGACAGAGGAGCAUUGUUUUUACAUGGACAAACCAUUACUAAGUAAUGGAAGGCAAUAUAUCUUCUUUUUUAUUGAAGACAAUCACUUGUCCUUCAUAAAAGAUUUUCUGUCAUUACGGAAGAUUCCACACCACUUUACAUAUCCAGCAAAAAAAAAAAAAAAAAAUACCUAAAGAUUGAAAAUAUUCAGUGUAUCGAGAUUGCAAAAUUGUGUUUUUUUUUAAAAACACCAACUUGACUGGACGUCUGAAAAAGACCCUAGCCUUACCAUCCACUGCUAAAAACUGACUGCAGAACAAAGCUCUAUAUAUGUUUUCUGUUUAUAUAUUAAUAUAUCUACAGUAUAUAUUGUAUAUUAUAUGAAAACUUGGAAUAUUAUAGAAAUUUUCAGUUGUCUUCUGUAGACAUAUGUUUUAAAUAAUUUAUGUUGGGGUGCAAUUAUAUUUAUAUGUAUAAACAUGACUACUUAAAUUCUUGAAGCUUAUUCUAUGGGUUUACACUCAUCAUAUUGAUAAGUGUGGUUUACUUUUAUCUGUGCAUGUUGAGAGAUAAGUUAAAAUUAAAGGUUUAUAUGCUGCCAACUGAUUUUUUAACUUCAAAAUACAUACAAGUACAGAAAUACACAAGGCUUUGACUUUUUUUUUUAAUUGAAGAUAUAUUGAAAAUGUAAACUAAUAUGCAGUUCUACGGCUAAUUUUACAUUUUUCUUUAUAAGAUGUUUACCAUGUUUUAUGCAAAGCCAUUUGAUUCAAAUCCCUUGUUUUUUUUUUGUUAAUUUUCAUUCUAAAAAUGUGAUUUCAUUGUUUUUCUUCACUGAUAAAUCAGAUAACUGCAGUUGCGUCAAGCUAUUUUCUUGACCACUUAAAAGUCAUUUUGUCCUUAGCUUCUGAAUAACUGUAUAAUGUCUUUAUUGCAAAAUAUAUUUUUUAAAUUGAAAUGAAUAUAAAUAAGAAAGGAACAAUUCCUUUGAUAUUGAACUAAGAUAUUGAUCAUAUUGACCAUAAAACACCAUCAAGAUAUAAUUCAAUGUAUACAUUCAAAAUAAUACGCUUGAAUGUGCAUUGAAUUCCAUUUCUAUAUUUUGUGUAGCCAGAGCGGUUUAAAUUUUUGUAACAUAUUGUAACACUUGCUUAGGUUUUCACUUUACUGUCUACCAAAUUAAAAACAGCGGCACUUUCUACAGAUUUCUUCCUGACAUGUUUGGCCUGUUUUGUAAGGCAACAUCUCACAAAACAUACAUUGAUACUGUGAUCAUUUCUUGCCAGAACGUCUGUCGCAUUUUUGUAUGUUAGCAAAUACAUAACAUUUUAUGAAGUGAUAUAUUUAUAGUAAAUGGGUAUAUAUUUUAUAUUUAUAAACAAAUGUUGAAAAUGCAGGUUUUUAACGCGUUUAAAAAGCACAUUAUUUCAGAAAUCCUGCACCAUGAAUCACAGUUGUGUGUUAAACUUAUGAUAUGCUUUAAAUUUUAUUCUCAGCCCUUUAACUUCCCUUAAAUGUUUGCAGUACUUUGAGCUUACCUGUAAAAAUUAACGCUACAUAAUAUCCAUGUAAGCAAAGUAAUCUGAAGGUGCAAAUCAGAACAAAAUGUCUGCAGCCUUGUAUUAUGUAGGUACAGUAUUUUGAGAAAACAAGAAAUAGUCUAUUAAAAAUAUAUCUGCACUGUUCUGUUAGAGUUUACCUGUUUGUUUAAGUAGUUGAAAGGAAUGACAGUUUGGACUUGAUUGUAAACAAAUUUUAUCAGUAGAAUGUCUGCUAUAUUAAUUUAUGUUAGAUGUAUUAGUUACUUCUAAAAUACAUCUGGUCAUUACUGCUGUUCUGCAGUCAAUAGAGCCAAUGUUAUUCCCCAAAUAAAAAAAAAUGUAAAAGUAUGUAAAUUCUAUUUUAAGACUAAGGUAUUAUUUCCUCAGAAUUAGGUGACGAAUUUUCAUUUUGUUAAACAGGACUCUGCAAAACACUAAAUAAAUUUCUUAACAGUU